AUUUUCCGUGAGCCUACACCGAUAGUUUGCUACACCGCCAUCAAGUUUAAACAAGCGAAACCGUUACACACUCAAGUCCGGUUAAAAUUGUUUAAUAUAUUGAGUUUAGAUCUUAUUAUUUUUAGUGGUUACGGUUCUGGCUCUCAAUUAUACAAUUACACCUCUAAUCAGUGAUGUCAGGCAAAGAAAACCAAUUUUACGUUCCUGGACAAAAUAAAAAAGUAUCAAUUCACAGUUGUGUUCAACAUGAUAAUGAAAAAGCUUUACCUCAAAAAAAUAGUUUAGAUAAACCUGUUUCCAGAUCUAGAUCGUCCACCAGAGCUGGGGAAAAACCUCUUAUCAAGAGAUCUAAUAGUUUACAAAGGACUCCACUUUCUCAAAACUCAGUCACUAGUGGUAAUGUUGAUCAGGACAAGAUUAAGACCAGAUUAGAAAAUAUGAGACUAAAUGCGAUUAAGAAAUUCACAGUAGAUAAUGGAUUAAGAAAGAAAUUUCCAUCUACUACAUCUAAUAAAAAGACAGAAAUUUCAAAGCAAGAACCUUUUAAAGCUUCUAUUUUACCUAGGACUGUACAACCCACAUUAAUAAAAACAGUUGCCACUUCCAAACCAGCUACUACUUUAAAACGGCCUUCCUUUAAUACUCAAAAAGAUGUCCGUUCUGGUAAUGUCUCAAAAAUUGAUAAAUCUCAAGUUAAAACUUUAAUUAAACCUAUUAGUGUUCAAUGUGAUGAGAAACCUAGCUGUGCUCCAAUCUCUAAUAAUCCAACACCUGCCCAGAUUCCUUCUGAUAUUGAAAAGUCUCUUCCUGAUCCGGAAACCAAUGCUUUAAAAAGUGAAGAAAUUGAAAGCUGUGAACAGUCUGUAUGCCAUCAUUAUGAUGUCAGUUCAAUAGAGAUUAAAAAACCAACUUCUGAUGCUGUCAUGGCCCCUCCACCCCCACUGUCCCCUGGUCCUCCCAAAACAUGGAAACAAAAAAAAAGUGAUGGUGAUUUUUCUAUUUCAUCUGUCACAUGUGAUAACCUAGUUGAAAAAAAUCUAGUAGAUAAAAAAGAAGACAAUGAAUCUAAGAAAAAGUGGUCAUUAGAUAACUUUGAAAUCGGAAAAGCUUUAGGUAAAGGAAAGUUUGGGUGUGUAUAUCUUGCCCGAGAAAAGAAGUCCCAUUAUGUUGUAGCUUUAAAAGUCAUUUUUAAGUCUCAGGUUACACAAGCAAAAUUAGAACAUCAACUGAGACGUGAGAUUGAAAUCCAAGCACACCUGAGGCAUCCAAAUGUAUUACGAUUAUAUGGUUACUUUCAUGACAGCAGUAGAGUUUACAUUAUUUUGGAGUAUGCAAAAAUGGGUGAAUUAUAUAAGCAUCUUCAGGAACAACCUGAAAAAAGGUUCUCAGAAAAGAGGAGUGCUGAAAUCAUUAAGCAACUUGCUGAUGCUUUGAUAUACUGUCAUUCUAAGGGUGUUAUUCAUCGAGAUAUUAAGCCAGAAAAUCUUCUUUUAAGUUACAAUGGACAGCUCAAAAUUGCUGAUUUCGGUUGGUCUGUGCAUUCACCUAACUCAAGGAGAGCAACUAUUUGCGGAACAUUGGACUAUUUACCACCAGAAAUGGUAAAAAAUACCAAUCAUGAUUACACUGUAGAUUUAUGGAGUACAGGAGUGCUUUGUUUUGAACUUAUAACAGGAAAACCUCCAUUUGAAGCUAAAACUUAUGAAGAAACUUAUUAUAAUAUCACACAUGCUAUUUAUCGAUUUCCUUCAUUCAUGUCUGCUUUGGCAUGUGAUUUGAUUAAAAAGCUUCUUGUACUUGAGCCAUCAAGGCGGUUACCACUUGAAGAUGUGAUAAAGCACCCAUGGAUUAUGUUAAACACCUGUGAAUAGCUUGUUACAUACUUAAUAAUUUUCACUUUUUUCUUUUGAAAUGAGACUGUGAAUGUGUUAAAAGCAUUGAUUUACAGUGCCACAUUUCAAGUAUUGUACAGUUGAAAACUCCUUUUAGCAUAAUUGACUGUUCAUAAUGAAGUUAAUGUAAUUAUAUUUUUUUAUUAGUAAUAUUUUAAUGGGAGUGAUGUAUGUUAUUAUUGUUGAAUUUGUAUUUAUUUGUAUUGUUCUAUUUUUGUAUCACUGUCUUAUAAAUAUAAAAAUCUAAUGAUUUGUUGAUUGUAUCGAUGAUAUUCGUUAGUAAUUAAUCAGUGGUUAGAUUUUUUGGUGUAAUUCAUCUAUUAAGUAUGCUUUAAGCUGGAUGAUUUAAGUUUUAUUAUUUUUAAUGAAGCCAAAGGUGUAGCAACAAAUCAUUAGUGCUGCUACACACAUUUUACGGACUAAGGUUUAAUAAAUCUUGUUAACAAAUUC